ACAUAAUUAUACGUUUAUAUGGACUGUAUGAUUAUGUCUGUCCCGGGGGAUUACUAGCGACUGAUCGCUACAUUCUCGAGACGCCUGCGCACCCGGUGACAGAAAUAAUCUAUUUAAUUGACUCGCGUUACCAAACAGAAUCAAGUUGGCGCUUACGCGGGUCAACUGUAACAGCCCCAGCAUAGAUAAACAUGCCAAAUAAAAAAAAUAGCGUUUGAGAGCAUUUAUCCAUGUCUGGAAUCACUUAAACGAUCAAUGCACUGGAAUGUCGCGAGAACUCUUUAUUAUUUAAGGAACACGAUUUAAAAGCUAUGAUAUUAUUAUACAGAGUUUUGUUUUCGUUUAUUGGCCUAUAUUAUUAAUAGGUCUAUCUAUACAUUCGAUUUUGAUAAUAAUUUUUACAAGAUCGUAAAUGAGAUGGAAAAGGUAUACAAGUCGACAUCCUGCCAUUUAUUUGCCUAUGCUUCUUUCAUGAUGCUUUUGUUUUGCCGUUUGACACAUGGACUUUCUCAGACGGAUAUUUCCGAGUUUCAAAAACAAAUUUCCCAAAAUGUAACCGACGGACUGGGGGAGUUAACUGAAGAUGUUCUACAAAUGAGGGAAGUCGUCGAUGUCUUUAGUUCAUCUUACAGCAGAAGUGAAGCCUUGGCCAACAGUGAUAUUGAGUCAAUAAUGAGCUCUUUAGUUGGUGGAGUCCAGGAAGAGUUUGUAAAAGGGAAGAUGGCGCUACUAAAUGUUCAGAGAAAACUUCAGGACUUCCUCACACAACCAAGACCAGCGUCCCACGGACCACCUCGACUCAUUAAAAAUUGUUGUAAAACCCCAGUCAUACUGAUGUACAGCGCGAAACUUGGUUUAGCUGUGAACCAGAGCGAGUGCUGUGCUAGGAAUGCUGAGACAGACUCUCUGGGUUGCAAUCUUCGUGCGGAUGAAGUGUUUCUUGCUUUGAAGACAAAUUUUGAGACCGUGCAGAGCAUUCUCUGGCAAGAAAUCGGAACAAAAGAUGGACAGCAUGUACAAUAUCCAUCUGCUAGUCGCUCAUGUGAUACUGGAGGUCACUCAAACUCUCUUUUGCUAAGAAAAAGUUACGUAACUCGAGCAACUCAGCCAAAGCUACAUUUAGUUAUCAUACUUGAUGCCAGUGAUGAAAUGCUCAAUAAGGUUCAUAAUUCUCCGAUGAAUGCUUCUCACUGGGACGUGGUCAAAAGAGCAGUGUUUGACACCUUAGGAUCAUUGCCAGCAAGAGAUAUGAUUGCAUUAGUGACAACAGGCAAAGAAACAACUGCGAUCAAAGGUUGUAACAUGUCCCUAUUUCAAAACACAAGAGAAAACUUUGAAAAGCUUCAGAAACACUUAGUGACCACAUCGCCCAGAGGAGAUCCGGACUACGCUGAGGCUUUUCGCCAAGCAUUGCAUCUCCUCAACUCACAAGAAAGUCUGGACAAGGCAUUAAACGUGAAAGAAGACUAUGUCAAUGUCAUUCUGUUCCUAACCAACGCUGAAACUCCUGUGCUGGAAGAAGAUGAGUUUUUAAAAGAGAUUUCCGAUGGACAAAAGUCAUUAACUUAUCCUGCUCGUAUCAUGGUCUACGCGCUAGAGAUGCACGGAAAACAGUCAGCAUUCAAAACAUUUCUAAAACUUGCAGACCAAAAUAAUCUGAAACUGAAAGCUUUUAACGGGACAGAUAAUGAGACGGCGAGUUCCUGGUUAGAUCAUGGGAUUUCUACAGCGCAAGGACCUCCUGGGAUUUUCAAGUCGGUGCUCGACACUAAACUGUUCAAGUUCUCAGAAGAAGUUCUGCAGUUCUCCGGUUACCUAAGUUUAACCCCUGCCCAGCAGACUAGCUUCGUCCUUGAUCCAGUAAACUUGAACAGCAAAGAGGGUCUGACGCUACAUACCAUGGUUCAUCUGUCCAACACUACCGACACACUUGCCUUGAUAGCCGCUAACCUAUCCGUGGAUACGCUUCUGGGAGGAGUGCAGGCCUUCCGGCACCAGACGAAAAGCUACGCUUACGUCGUGGAGAAAGGGUCAGGUCACGUGGUAUCUCACCCCCGCCUGCGAAUCUCCCCCGAGAGUAUUUCGAGAGACGUUGUCAUGGCAACCCUUAAAGAAGUUGAAACUGACCUGACCACAGACCAGCGAAUGGAGAUAUUAUCAUCUGGGACUUCAAUUAGACAAUUCAAAGCCAGGCUCAGACCUGGCAGGAAAAGAACAAGUUCCGGAGUUGAAUCCACCAGUGUGUUCCACAGGCUGGUACCUGAGACCAACUUUAUCGUUGUGCUGGUCAUCUUCGACUCUGAGAUGACAAAAUUUCCAACAUCGCCUCAGCAGGUGACCAGAUCUACAUCCGCCGUUUACCACAGGUUUGAUAAAAUAGCUCCACCGUCAGCUGGGAGGUGUAUAAUGUCCAGUAUGUGGACUGAACGAAGCAAAAUCGGAAUCAAGUUCUCCCCAGAGAUGUUCGUUAACAGACGGAAUUAUCUGUAUGAAGGUUUAACCCAACAACAGAUGGAAGAUUUAGACAACUUUAUAAAAUCACCAUCCUCAGUGCCUACGAUUUUAUAUAACGAUAGUACUUAUUUGACUGACCUUGUCGCCAUGACAUCUCAACACCUCCUGGAGGUAUGGAACAACACGAAGGUCACGGCCACGCACAGAUAUAUCGCCACGCCUAGUGGCAUUCUCGCCACCUCUCCUGCAACAGCAUUGGCCAAUAGGAUAGAUGUUCAGAACUAUCAGUGGUACUCCGAGGCUCUCUCGUCACAGAACACAACAGUGGUCAGCAGGGAAACGUUUCCAGGUUCAGCAUUUCACUUCAUCAUCAGUCAAGCCAUCGUUUUAACUGGCAAAACAGUUGGUGUGGCUGCUGCCAGUGUCCCUGGCCAUGUUUUGGAAUUUUUGAUACGCAAUAAGGUGAAGAAUUGUUUUGGUCCAACGUACACUUGCAAACUUGUAGACUUACACGGCUACUUAAUGAGACUGCCUGAGGCUCCAGGAUCUACGAGUCACCUGGUAGAGGCAUUACCUUUUGUGGCUAAUAGGCUGCUUCAGCUGGGCGCUAUGAAACCUGUCUGGUGUAAAGACCUCGCGCACAGACAGAAUAGACUCGGCUACAUCAUAAACGUGACAGCUUCCGGAGUCAGCUCUGAUCCAAACAUUAGUGACAACUGUACGAAAUUUUAUCUGCAGCCUAUCGCCCAAAGCAACUUGUUGGUGUUGAUAAUUCACUCCGGUUGUUCCCAGAGCCUGACUGAGACGUGUAUUCCAAGAGCUCCAGUGUUACCUCCCCUCGUCCCAUCCUCCGCAGGUCUCAGGCAGUGUCUACGUUGCGUCAACGGCACUAGUACAAUGCCCACAUGUCAAUUAUUGUGUCAGUGUUCAAUGGCGUCCAACCUCUGUCCAGAUCCUCAGAUGACAUUGAAAGAUAGUCCCGACAUUUGCACGGGAAGCCAAGACCUGCCAUCUCCAUAUGACAUUAAACCGAACCCGCCUUCGCCAGCUGUGUCUAUUUGUCCUAAAACCUGCAGUGAAGUAUACACGAAAAUAGAUUGUGGGAAUAUUACAGAUUGUGUUUGGGAUACUUCUCAGACUUUCCCUACCUGCAUUCACAACGUUCGACAAACAACUGUGGCAACCACUACUUCUACAGCAUCAACAACAAACACACCCCCAACGACCACAUCAAUCACGACGCCCACAACUACCACUCUGGCAACAUCUACUUCGACGGCAUCGACAACAAACAUACCCUCUAUGACCACCUCGAUCACGACGCCCACAACUACCAACCUGGCAACAUCUACUUCAGCGGCAUCGACAACAAGCAGCUCCACCACAACAGCCUCAACUACGACGCCUACCAUAACUACUACCCUGGCAACAUCUACUUCAGCGGCAUCGACAACAAACAUACCCUCUAUGACCACCUCGAUCACAACUCCCACAACUAACACCCUGGCAACAUCUACUUCAGCGGCAUCGACAACAAGCAGCUCCACCACAACCGCCUCAACCACGACGCCCACAACUACAUCCGUAGAAACAACUUCAACAGCCCCAUCCCAUUCUUUGUCUGCUAAGAUUGCAACCAACUCAACAACAGCCCAAAUUACCGGCUCAACUGAAACCAUGGUAACUGCCAUUCCUGCUGCUAUUACUACAAUUGUAUCCUCCACGCUAGAUCUGUCGAAACUGUUCACGACUACACCACCUUCUGUUCCAACCACAAGUUCUUUCACCAAAUUCCCAACAUUCUUCACUACUCAGCCAACCAUAGAUUCCAAACGAACAGGGGAUGUAACUGGAAGUCAAACCAUGAGCUCGCCCGCUAUGUCUUAUCUUAAUGCUUCGAACUUUCAAACUUCUAUUCCAGAGCAAUACACGACAGAGAACAAUUACAAAUCAAGUGGCAAGACAGACAACUCCCUACGUAAUAUCAUAAUUGCAGCAUCGGUCGCCGCUGUCGUUUGUCUAAUGGCUGCUGUUGCCGCUGUUGUGUACAUGAAGAUGGUCAAACGACCAAACCAUGUCCAUGAUAAAAGCCACAACAAUGGAGGCAGAGAAAGAAGUCAUGACAUCAUUGGUGAUAAUGACAUCAACCAUGACUACACCUACAUCACUCCAGACAGGCCUAGAUAUGUCACAGUUUUCAAUGUAGCGCCUCGUGCUUGACACACACUGGACACACAAUAGUACACUGCAGACAUUAUAAGUCUUUAGGAGGAAACUACACAUGACCUCAACACACAAGUGACACACAACUACACAGACAUUAAAAGUAUCUAGAAGUAAACUAAAUGUGACCUCGACAUACACAACUAUACUGAAGACAUAAGUAACUAGAAGUAAA